AGAAGAAGUCGUUCUUCCGCAGGAAAUUCAUGUAUUUUUGUAGCCUCGCUAGCAUUCUGUGACAAGCUUCACAUUUAGCGUCUUCUCUAAGUUGACAGCAUAUGGUCAUUGAAAACACUCUUUAAGAUUUAACCUAACUGUUUCUCUCUGAGAGAGAAGGCAGUGAGAUAUUCAGGAUGGAUAAAGCUCUACUGAGAGAGCGCGAGCUCUUUAAAAAGAGAGCUCUGUCCACUCCUGUAGUUGAGAAGAGACAAGCAACUUCUGAGGCCUCUGGAUCUUCCAAGAAGAAAAAGAGCAAACCAGACAAAGAGACGUCGUCAUCCUCCAAAAACAGCACAGAUCCCAGCAAUGGCUCCUUCAAUCUCAAAGCACUUUCUGGGAGUUCAGGUUACAGAUUUGGAGUUUUGGCCCGAAUUGUCAACUACAUGAAGACAAGGCACCAAAGAGGUGAUACUCAUCAUCUGACUCUGGAUGAAAUUCUGGAUGAGACCAAGCUGCUGGACAUAGGCAUGAAGCAGAAACAGUGGCUUAUGAGCGAGGCAUUAGCAAGUAAUCCUAAGAUUGAUGUUCGGGAAGGUAAAUAUGCCUUUAAACCCAAGUAUCAUCUGAAGGAUAAGAAAGCUCUGCUAAGACUACUGGACAAACACGAUCAGCUGGGACUAGGAGGAGUGUUACUAGACGAUGUUGAAGAGGGUCUACCCAAUUCAGCCAAGGCUAUUAAGGCACUUGGGGAUCAGAUUAUAUUUGUGACCAGGCCAGAUAAGAAGAAGGUUCUUUUCUACAAUGACAAACACUGUCAGUUUGUUGUUGAUGAAGAGUUCCAAAAGCUGUGGCGCAGUGUUCCUGUUGAUUCCAUCGAUGAGGAAAAGAUCGAAGAGUACCUGAAGAAGCAGGGCAUAUCGUCCAUGCAGGAGACAGGACCAAAGAAAAUGGCACCCAUUCCGAAGAGGAAGAAACCUGGAACACAGAAAAAGAGACGGUUUAAGACUCAUAAUGAUCAUCUGAACGGAGUACUGGAGGACUACUCUGAGGGAGUUCCCUCCAAGAAGUGACACACACAUGCAGCUUUAGAGGCUCGAAGUGACAAGACCGAUAUCUGUGUGAUGUUUGUAUAUCUGAUCUAAUGUCUUAUUGCCAAAACCAUAGAGACAUGCAGAUACACACACACAUACACCCUUAAAACUGUACUGCGUGACACGAAUGUGAACAGAUUGUAAAUAUUUCCUUUCCACUGUUAUGUUUUACUUUUUGCUAGUGCUGUAAAAAUUGACAAUUAGGCUCUUCUUUCUAUAGAUUUAAAGAUUAAAAAAGAGCAACCAAACCACA